AUGGAUGAGAAUUUAUCAAUUAAAACAGGAGAUUUGGUAACCUUUUUCUCUGAACAAGAAGAGGAAGAAGGAUAUUUUAGCAAGGCUCAUGAUAGUGCUGUACUUCAUCCAACAAAGACAAAGGAAUGUGUGUUCAAGAUACAUCCAAUGACACAGUACACUGCUAGAAAGGCACUAAAGAAAAAGACAAAGAGAAAGACACAACGUGAGGGUCCAUCGGGAUCGGUUGUCGGAGGUGGAGGUGUCGUUGGAGCCGAUGAAAAGGAUGCAGAACUCAAACAAUUGGAAGAAUAUCAAGACAUUGAAGAUGCAGCCAACGAAACGACACUUAUUCAACUAGAAGGACGUGAUCUCAUAUAUGGACAGAUCAUCCAACUAUUCCAUCCAAAAAGUAAUCAAUUCCUCUUUGCCAAAUACUAUAAUGCCGGCCACUCAAUCGUUGGUUUCCGUGGAGACGGUAAUCAAAAGUGCUACUUUAAAAUUGCACCGCGUGGAGGUGUCGUCAGACAAGACGGUGAAAAGGUGCGUCAAGACGACUUGGUCAUGUUGCGUCACGAAAAGACUGGUCUCUUUCUCCGCGAGACUGAUUUCUUUAAUGAAAAGGGAUUCUUUGAGAUUGGAUUGUCAGACUCUGGAACAUCGUGGAAAUUAAGUUUGUCAGACGUUGAGGGAAAGAUGGGUUUGAACGUCGUACGUGCUGGCGAGCCAUUUAGAUUAUUUCACAGAGAAGGUGGUUUUAUAAAGACUGCAACCGAUGAAUCAAGCACCACAUUUACAUAUAAAACAUCGACACCACAAUCAAUUCGAUCCAUCUUUGAAAUUGAAAUUGAUAAUGGUGCCGCCACAAUACUCAGUAGAGCUCAACAGCAACAGCAGUCUUCGAGUGGAGUCAACUCACCACUUCCAUUUCAAUCAACUACUGCACUACUCUCCCUCACACAACAAAGCCAAGAUAUUCAAUAUGGUCAACCUUUUUGGAUCAAACUUAUUGGCACCAAAUAUUAUUUUUCAUUAAAACAAGAUAGCUUACAAGAUACCAAAGAUCAAUCUCCUACCAGCAACAACAAUAAUAAUAAUAACAAUAACAAUAAUAUAUUAUCCAGUUCAUCCUCUUCGAUAAAAGAAGAAGGAGGAGCACAGUUACCAACAUCACCAGUCACCGCCAAUACAUCGUCGGUGAGUGGUGUUCCAGUCGAUCCAUACAAGGAUCUACCAAUUGUAUUAGUACCAGAGAGUGAAAAGUAUUCACCUCAUUCCACAUUUUGUUUCAUCUCCAAGGAUCAAUCGGCAACAGAAGCCGCUGUAACAUAUGGUUCUUUUGCUAGAAUCCAAUCUUUAUCAAAACAAUGGUUACAUUUUGUUUCUGAUGAAACUUUUCAUAAUAAUGGAGAUCUUGUAGGAACAAAAAAACAUUUUAAAAAUGAUGAUUUUCAAAUUAAACAAAUACCAAGAUCACAAAUGGAUGAUUAUAAUUAUGUGAUUGUAAGAUUAAACAAACUACAAAGUUAUUUGGGAGGUGGUAAUGGAUUGUUAGAGAUGAGAAAAAAGGUUACCAUUCAAGAGGUGCGUUCUAUUUUGGUAGAGUUGAUCAAGUUUUGUACACAAUCAGAUCUCGAUGCAUUGGAGCGCGAGGGUACACCAAUCACAACGCAUCAGAAUCUAUUGGCAUCACCAUUUGCCAUCAAUACCAUGAUGGAUCUAUUAUCACGUUUCUUUUCCACCUCUGAUCGUCGUCAAGAGUUUCCAUUGAUUGGAUACAUCUAUCGACUUCUCAAGCUCGUUGUAAAGAGCAACAUCAAAAAUGCGAUUGCCGUACACAAACAUUUCCGUCAUAUUGCCGGACCGAUCCAUCUACGAAGUGAGAUGAUUGCCUUUGGUCUUGGUUCAAUCUUGCUCGAUAUCUACCGAAACAAUAAUAUACUACUUGGAAGCAUCACUGAAGACAAGGUCAGCGAGUUUAUCGAUAAUAUGAAGUUGACCAAAGACCCACGAUACAUGGAGCUAUUGUCAGAGAUUUGUCAUUGCAAUGGACACCCCAUCGUCAAGAAUCAACAAUACCUGUGCAGUCUCUUGCUCGAAAAAAACCCUCAGUUGAUGAUGCGUACGCGUGUCACACAGAGCGUCGAAAUAGAAGUGGACGGUACAUGGAUGACCAUGGCCGAGUUUAUGAAUCGCGGUAGAGAGGAUCGUCAACGUUACUUUGAGCAGUCGUUGGCACUGUACGCCAAUGUCAGUCGCGGACGAAACUACAAUGGUAUUCGUCUGAUUGGCAACUUUGCUUCGUACAAGGAAUGCUUCCUCUGUCUCAAAGACGACAAUCUUCCAUUUGGUCUGCGUGGCAGCUACACACAUCUCGUCAUCCACGUGUUUAUGGAUUGUUAUCCUCAGAAACCCUAUGCCAAGAUCAACUAUCUCUGGAAUCCUCUGACCAUGGAGGCACCGUCGGGAUACCAACACGGCAGCGGAUCAGUCAACUCACCCAACGGAUUGGGUAUGGGAGGAGGGGGUGGUCCGAUAUCAGUCUCGGUCGCAUCCACUGCCAACCAGAUGAACCUCCAACACCAACAACAGCAGAGUGGUGGAUUGCGCACCAAGCACUCCAACUCAACCAACGAUCUGGGCAUGUCGCCAUUGCAAAACGGUGCCAACCCAGCAUAUGGCACAUCGCCACGUAUUCCAUCGCAGACCGUCUCGCUCGACCAAGACGAGAUCUUUACCACGUUUCUCGGACACGAUCCAAUUCACAAUAUUGAUCCAUCCAACAUUUCACAAUUCCUCAUGAGCUAUGUUCUCAGACCAGAAAACUUUUCGUGGAACAAUAUGUUUAUGUCGCACGAGGCCGAGAGACAGCGUUCACAGUGGCGUUUCUUUUACAAGAUCCUUAUUGCCGUUCGAUACGCAUUCAAGUUUGGCUUUUUCAAGCGCAAGGAGAAGCUGCUACUCAACCGUCUUCGUGAUAUCCUCGAGUUGCAAAACGAGGGUAAUGACCAUGCCGUGCAAGUCGAUCUUGGCCGCACCAUGGGUGGAAGCAGACUACUCGAGGACGACAGUACCGUUCUAGUAUCCAUCAAGAUAGAGAUACUCAACAUCCUCCACAUUAUGCUCAGUCUCCAGAAAAAGACAGUCUUUGAAGGCUUCCUCUACGAAAUGUCAAAGACCGACUCUAUACGCAAUGCUGCCUCGUCGCCCACACACAACUUUGAGGCUGCUGGAUUGGCAGAGGCCAACAUCAAGAAAAUGAUGGGCACCUUUUUAGGACAACGACCAAGUAGUCCUACAACCUCGGCCUCUAGUAAUAACCACAACACACAAGCUCAGAGAUCGGCAAUGGUGACACACAAAAACACCUUUACCAAUACAUUGUUUUCAUUGCUCAAACAUGAAAACAAUGUACUGACAAGUUUGGUACUCGACCUCUUGACACGUAUCUACAAGUACCAGAGUCACUAUGCUCUCCUCAGCAACCCAGUUAAAAAGUUAAUGAUCCUCUCUUCAAACGUUGCCAAUAGUAUCUAUGACCAAUCAGUCAGACGUAUGGAAGAUUUGACAAAGUUUUGUUCCAAUCCUCUCAGUCAUCAAGACACUGAAGAGGUGCUCCGUAUUUUAACAGAUUUUACCAAACUUUGUAACCUCGAUCCCAAUUCUUCUUCGGGUGAAUUCAAUCGUAUCAAACAUAAUCAAGAUAUGUUUAGAAUGAUGGAUAUUCAUAAAAGAUUAUUUGGUGUUUUAAAAAUGGGUUGUUCUUUGGAAGAUUUAAAAGAUAUUGUUGAUUUUACUUUAGAUAUUAGUAAUAAUAAUAAUAAUAAUAAUAAUAAUAAUAAUAAUAAUAAUAAUAAUAAUAAUAAUUCAAUACCAACAAACAGUAGUAGUAAUAAUAAUAAUAAUAAUAAUAGUAAUAAUACAAUUUCGACAUCAUCAUCAUUAACAAAUAUUAAUAUUAGUAGUACACAUAAUAAUAGUUAUUAUGUUGCCAAGAUUUUUAGAGGAUGUUAUGAGUUUUUACGAUCAUAUUGUAGAAACAAUACAGACAAUCAAAAGAUACUAUUCAACUAUAUAGAAUUUUUAAUUGGUCAUUUAAUUCGUUAUGGCAACAUAUUUGGAACUGUAGAGACAUUGAUGGAGAUUUUCAAAGAUAAUAUUCAACUAUGUACAAAGUUUAGUGAAACUCCCUAUAUGAAAUUAUUGGUUGAAUUUAUCAUUCAACAAGAGAGUAUUAUGCAAAUAGAUCCAGUAUUUUUAAAGUUCCUUCAAGUCAUUAUGGUGCCAGGUGGUAAUUCAGUCAUUGAAAUUCAAAUUGCCAUUUCUAAUCUCAUCAAGGAACAUUUCUUUGUAGUGUCAAAGUGGUUGUUACCAUUAGACACCGUUCGUCAGGUAAUGCAAGACAGCAAGGGUGCUACUAUGACCAAGUUUUUCAAUGUCAACACGUCAGAGUCGCAUCGUCUCCAAGUUGCAUUAAACGAUGUCAUUGCUCAGGCCCUUCAGAACCUAGAGGAUCCUCAAUUGGCAGGUUCGCUCUCGUCUACCAUGAACAACACACUCAAGCUUGGUGGUGGACCCAAGUUGAUCAGAUCCACGGCCAAACACAUGCUUCUCAACACUGAAAUAUUGCCACGCGAGUUUUUGGUCAACAUGGAGCUCAUUUGGUUGUUGACUUCGUGUAGCAACGGUCGUAAUGUGCCCACGGAAAUCAUUUGUCGUGAUUUUAUCUCCAUGUACGACUGUCUUUCGAUUCUCGUCAUUAGCAACAAUGCAGCUGGUGUCGAAUCGUCGCUGCUCAUCCACGACAACAAGGAGAACCUCGACAGCAACGUGCCAUUUAGAUUCAAGACUACGUAUCUUGCCUUUUUGCACGAGGUCUACUUUAACAGUGACACGCUCAAGGGUGAUUUGUUGGCACUACAGCUCAACGAAAACUUGUGGACGUUGAUCAGCCAGUUCACCAACCAGCUACAGCAUCUGUAUACGUGCCACGCUUUGCAUCGUAUGUCAAGAGACUACUUUUUGUUGAUGAGUCGUAUGGUUAUUUUACCAAUGGUAUCGACUAUGGAGCGAUUCUAUUCCCAGUGUUUCUACUAUGACAAGGCGACACCCAAACACAUCCACUACAGUAGUUUGUUGAUGGGCAGCCUACUCAAAUUGUACAGUGUCGAUGAAAGUCUACCCAUCCCCACUACAGCAUCGAGUGCCUCUCUCCAGCAACAAAACAAGGUACUCUUUCCCGACGAUGCCAGUGGUUCGAGUGGAGGUAUCAACCCGAUUCUCUCGGGUCUCGAUCCAUCGGAAAAGAUCAUUCUGCUAAACUCUUUGGUCAAGUUGCUCAAGGCUAUGGACAGAAGUGCCAUCUCGCCUACCGCCGCACCAUCAUCGUCCAUCUCGUCAGUAUCCGAGGUGAUUCGUGGAUUCGAAGAGAUUAUCGUGCGUCUCGACCACCUCAGCUCGAAAUGGUCACGACGUCGCGAUACGGUCUCUGACCACCCAGUCACCUCGAUUGCACUCGUGUCCAAGCAGUCGACCUAUCUCAAUGAAGUAUCCAAAGAACACCCCAUCAUCCGAUUGAUCAAGGAACGUGGCUACCAACAGCUUGCACUGAUGGCCAUCGAGCGUGACAAGGCACACUCACUCAUGCAAUCAGAGAUUAUGCGUGAAACACCUUCGCAACCACUCUACCAAAACCCAUACUCGACCAGCCAACGAGACAAUUUAACACUGUCAACAUUCUCCAAUGCAUCCAGCACUUCCUCUGUCAAUGGUGCCUCGAAAAAGAAUACCUAUCUCGAGAUUUUAGUGUUCCAACUUCGAAACACCUUGUUUGAAAACAACGAACUCAAAUUGCACUGCUCUCAAAUCCUCCUCUCUGUUUUGGACUGUCAUCCACACAACAAAAAAGAGAUGCAAGAACAGCUGACACAGAUGUAUUGCCAUCAAGCAUGUAUUGGAUUGCUUGGAUCUAAAUCCUACCAGGUUCAACAACAGGCAUUGUCACUCUUGUUGGUUUUGCUAGAGGGUCAGUCAGAUCCCACCAAUCCAAAGCCAAACGAGCAUGUAAAGGAUGCCAUCCAAUCGUACUUUACUUCGUCGCCAGACAUUCAAUUCUUUAGAAACAUCUAUGAGAUGAUGGAGCGUGCCAAAUGCAAUCUUAGAGACACCAAGAGAAACAUCCGUCUAGAGACAUUCAAACACAACAUUGGAGGAAAUCUUUCAUUGGGUGCAAGACGCCAGACCAUUGGCAUGUACCACGAACGUUCGACGCUAGAGACUGACAAUGACCACAACCCAUACAGUCAAGAGUUUUUGAUGAUGUCCAAUAUCUUUAGAGUACUCCAAUUGCUCUGUCAAGGUAGCUCGAAUCUCUUUAAAAACUAUAUUCGUCUUCAACCCGACAAUUACAAGUCGUACGACCUCUUGAAAGAGAUGUGUCAGUUCCUCAAGAUCCUCGAGACCAUCGUUGACUUUGACCCAGAGUCGAUUAAUCUCGGUCUCCGUUUCUUUAGCUGCAUGAAGGAAAUCGUCAAACACACCCAGGCCAAUCAAAUUGCAGUCACCAAUGUCCAAAUGUGUAAGGCCGUCUGUAAUAUUCUCAGAAAGACCAUUCCCAACGACGCCAAGCAGCAACAACACGAUCUCUAUCUCAACCUCAAGAUUGAAGUGAUUGACUUUUUGUUGCAUGUUGUCGAUCGUGAGCACCCGACAGUCAUUGCCAAGAUGAUUGAGGAAAUGGAUUUCUCAGUGAUUGAAGAAAACACAAAGAUAUUCCAACAAUCAAAAUCUGAACACAACGAAGGAUCCAUUAAAUUGGCCAGUAUGUCUUUCCGUUUGGUCAAGAUCCUAGCCGAUAACGACAAGUCUCAUAACCGUCGUUUGGCUGAAUGCUUGUUGGCUUGUGGUGAGCAUUGUCGUUCGAGAAUCGGUCGUGUAGAAAUGUUCCACAAUGGAAAGUUGGAACGUAUCUACUUUCCAAUCCCUUCCUAUAGUCGUCGUCUCAUUCUCGACGAUAGGGAGCAGUCAAAGAUUCGAAGUGAUGAAAAUGCCUUCCAAGAGAACCUCGAGGAAUACUUUAUCAACAAUCACAUAAACUGGAACAAAACAACCGAAAAGCUAGACUCUUUUAUGGAUUGGUCGGAAAACAAGUUGAUCGAUCUAGAACACCUCUUUAAACUCAAAUCUCAACCCCUUACCUAUCGUGUGGCGACCAACAUUGAAAUUUGGAGAUGGACCAAUUUCUUUUUGGCUUGCAUCAUCAAUGUUCUCCUCGUCAUCUAUUCUAUGGACCCAUACUCUACCUUUAAAAAGGAUUUUGGAACAACAAGAUACAACGCAGUUAUCUAUCCACUCGGUCUCCUUCAAUUACUCUUUUCCCUUUUAACUUGUAUAUCCUAUUUUAUUCGUUAUGGUUCAAUCAUAUUAUUUAGAGGUUGGAUGAAAUACCUUGGUAAUGAAAGAUCCUUCAUGUUGAGAACAAAUCAUGAAAGAAUGCAAAAUAUAAGAUCAAGGUUUAAUAUAUAUAAAUUCCUUUCUCUAAAUAUUGUAUUUAUUUCAUCCGAUGCCAAAUCUGUAUAUUAUAUACUUGCAAUUGUAUUUUCUGUAUUGGGAUUGGCAAUCCACCCAUUCUUUUUCGCAUUCCAUCUAUUCCAAGUAACUGUAAAAACAAAAGCUCUUGGUAUUGUUAUAAAGGCAUUGGCAAUGAACAAAGGAACUCUGUUAUUAAUGGGUGUAUUUAUUAUUCAAGCAACUUAUUUAUUAUCAAUUUUCUCGUAUGCAUUUUUCUCUGAUAGAUAUCAAAGUACUGACGAUGGCGUUGUAUCAAAAAUGUGUAAUACCUUUUUCCAAUGUUUUAUUACAAAUAUUUAUUUUGGUAUUCCAUCAAAUGGUCAAUUAGUACAAUUCUUAGAGUAUCAUGACUUUGGAGAAUCAAAUGAUGGAGCUGGAAUGGUAAUUGCUUGGACAGUUUUCAAUGUAAUAUUCUAUAUCAUCACAACAAUUAUUUUGUUGAAUGUGGUACUUGGUAUUAUUGUCGAUACUUUUGGACAGUUGCGUGAUCAAAGAUCUCAAACUGAAGAUUACAAGACAAAUUAUUGUUUUAUUUGUUCGAUUGAAAGAGAAGUUUUCCAAAAGAAAGGUAUCGAUUUCCACAAACACGUAGAAGAUGAUCACAACAAAUGGUAUUACCUCUAUUUCUUUGCCUAUCUCAAGGAACGUGUAAUCAAUAAUCAACAAAACCAAUUCUCUGAUUCUGAACUUAAUGCUCUUUACAAGAUUGAACAUAAUAAUUCUUUAUCAUUAUUCCCAAUUGAAACUUCAAUGUCUUUGUUGGGAGAGAACCAAAAUAAUGACUCUACCAAAAUGAUAAAUGCCAUUCAAGACUUGGAACAAAAGAUUACUUCUUCUCUUAUUUCUCAAAUGAAUACAACCAUUUCUGCUUUAUUGGAAGAGAUUAAAGUUUUGAGACAACAAAUAGACAAUGAUAAAUAUUUCUAUAUACACUUCCAAACCACAACCAACCAAACAAAUAUUUCUUACGAUGGUACUGCUUGA